UUUGGCUGCAGGCAGAGGCGGGCUUGUGAAUGACUCGUGGUAGCUUCCUGCGCUCUGAUUGGCUCAUUCAGACACAAGUGGCUGUAACUGGCUGCAGAGCGCGGAGCUGUGAAAAGGAGACGCGCGGGGUGAAGACUCAGCACACAUCUGCCUCUGCCCAAGGAUCCCCUCUAGUGACUCUGCAGGCCGCAACCCCUUCUGGACGGUCCCGGGACGUUUUCCUCUGUGAACCGGACAUUAAGCAUUUGUCUAAACUCUUUGGACGGACUCUGCCACAUGAGAAGAUCUGAGUUGUACUGAUGAGAGAAGAGAUGCUCUGCCUGCGUGACUCAGGCGACUGCUUACGGGACCAGAUGCAGUACAUGAUGAGGUCACUGCAAGACCUACGCAAAACCUGCCCUGCAGCCAAACGGCCCCUCAGUACCCAACUCCCGGCUUUAGUGCGCCACUCUGCAGUGGCACGUGCCUGUCAGCAGCGAGCAUUGCAGCGAGAGCAGCGCACACGCCAGCGGAUGUCUGACGCCAGCACAGCCAGCACUUACGACUCGGCCUGCUGCCUGGCGAGUCAUCUGGAGGAGGACGAGGACAACUCCAGCAGCCGGUUGGGCCUGGGCUCUCCCAGCAGUCAGAAAAGUUUGGAGUUUGAUUCAGGUUACUCUGAGGCGUCAUGGCAGGACGAAGUGGUGGUUCUCAGGAGGACCCGGAAUGUGCGGGUGUCAUCUUCGGCCUGCCUCCGCACAAACAGAGCGCCAAGUGGGCGCAUUCGACCCAAAUCCACGUCUGAUGCCUGUCUGGAGAGGUGGACAUCGUUUGAGGUCAGCGACCCAGAGGACUGGACAAACUCUUUGUUGACCAGAGGACGCAACCGCCAACCGCUGGUUCUGGGUGACAACAGCUUUGCAGACCUCAUACAGAACUGGAUGGACUUACCAGAUUGUCCCGAGCCCACUGAGCUGAAGCCAAACUCAAGUAGUAGACAGGGAAGAGGUUUCUUUGUCAACAUGAGGAGGAAACUGGCUGGGCUUUCCAAGAGUGUAGAGGACAGAGUGAGGAUGAGAUCCACAGAAUCUGCACAUAUUAACAGAACUGCAAAUGCUCCGAAACGUCUGUCCUGUCCAGUCGUGGCAUCGCAGCCCAAAGUCCCCUUUUUCCACCAGUCUUACGCCGGCAUUAAUGAUAUGGACACAGAUUUUUACCACUUUGCCCUCAUGAAAUCACGCAGCCGACAGCCCAUAAUCUGCAAAGAUAUCCUUGGCUAUGUCUGACACAAAGCCAUGUAAAGAUUGGACAAUCCUCAGAGUCACUUUAUUUUUUAUAUGACUGUUUUUUUCAUUUCUUAUAUGCUGUGAAUAAGAUAAUGGAAAUAAAGAUGUUCUCAUACUUUAAA